AUGAGAAUCGCCGAGUUAUCGACGCCGGAGCUCCGGCAAGGCCACGCCGACUCGCAAUCGCAUUUUCAGUCGCAUCAACAUCUACUCUCCCAAAUUGAGUCCUCCAUCAAACAAACCGAGAAUCUCUCCCCUGACAAGCUUCCGCCGGACACAAUCUCCGCCGAUCUCCGCCGAUUCUCGACUCAGCUGAGUCAACUGGCUCCCUUCCCCAACUCACUCAAGCUCCUCAUCUGGAAGCUCAGCUACCGCCUCUGGAACGCCUGCGUCGACCUCUCCAACGCCUCCUCUCUCCGGUCUCUGCCUCCCUCCAAAGCCGAAGACCACGCCAAGCUCCGCCACGUCGCCUCCGACCUCCUAUUCCUUGCCAGCGACGUCUCAGGCGUUCCUUCCCCGGCGAUCAAGUCCGCCUCCUUCUACCUCAAGACCGGCCUAAUUUGGCACGAUCUCCGAAGCUUCGACCUCGCUUCCUUAUGCUUCGAGCGAGCCACCGAUAUCGUCUCGAAGAUCGACAUCGACAAACUCUCCGAUGACGGAGAGAGAAAGCUUCUGCUGGACUUGAACAUUGCGAGAUCCAAAACCGCAUGGGAGAUUCGGGACCGAAAUCUCGCGAUUGCGUUGCUGAACCGGGCCAAGGGAUUGAUAUUCGGGACACCGGACCACCACAAAGCACUCGCGAACCAGUACUUGGCGUUCGGAAAGACCGCGCUGGCCAAGAGCGAGGAGAGUCAGGAUCUAAACGACGCGUUGAAGCUCAUGAACGAGGCUCUGGAUCUGUACGAAAAGGGAUUGCGUGAGGCGAGAACACGCCAAGAGACCGUGGACCUCAAGGAUCUGAGGUCGAAGACGCUCCGGUUCAUCUCGGCCCUCCAUUUGCAGAAGAACGAAUUCGAGAGCGUGAUCAAGUGCGUGAGGGUGUUGAGAGAGGAAUGCGAAAGUGGGGACCACCAUCCGAGCCUUUCGGUUCUGGCGAUGAAGGCCUGGUUGGGGUUAGGGAAGUACGGCGAGGCCGAGAAAGAGCUCAGGGGCAUGGUCGUAAAUAAGGGGAUUCCUGAGGGUGUUUGGGUGUCGGCUGUGGAGGCUUAUUUUCAGGCAGCUGGGACGGCCGGAGCAGAGACGGCAAAGGGAGUGUUUUUGGGCCUGUUAGGGCGGUGCCACGUUAGUGCCAGCUCGGCGGUUAGGGUGGCCCACCGAGUGAUAGGUGACGUCAGCGAGGGGUCAAGAGUUAGGGCCAAAGUGGUGGCGGAGCUCGUGUCAGACAAUAGAGUCGUGGCACUCUUCAAUGGUGAAGGGGCUGCCAAGCAGAGAACAGCAAUGCAUGCGGUGCUUUGGAAUUGUGGUGCAGAGCAUUUCCGAUCAAAAGAUUAUGAAACGAGUACAGAAAUGUUUGAGAAAGCGAUGCUUUAUAUCCCAUUUGACAUUGAAAGUAGAAUUCUCAGAGCCAAGGGAUUUAGAGUUUUGUGUCUCUGCCACCUGGGUCUGUCCAAGCUUGAUCAAGCACACGAGUACAUUAACGAGGCCGAAAAGCUUGAUCCUAACAUAGCUUCAGCUUUCCUAAAGUUUAAGAUUUAUCUGCAGAAGAAAGACCAGAAUGGUGCUAUUGAUCAGAUUCAGGCAAUGGCUACCUGCCUUGAUUUCACCCCAGACUUUCUCUCUCUUGCAGCCCAUGAAGCCGUUGCUUGCCGUGCUCUUGCUGUUGCUGUUGCCUCUCUAUCCAAUCUGCUGAACUUUUAUGCUCCGGGAAAGUCCAUGCCAGCUACUGAAGUUGUAGUUCUACGCACCUUGGUCACAAUCCUUACUCAAGAACCUGGGAAUGAGCUUGAAGCCCUCAAGUUUGUUAAGCGUGUUCAUAACCGGGCAUCUGAGCUCGGGUCUGAUUGCUUUUUCGGAACAGGGGAUGUCGGAAGACGAGAAAGGAAUUGGUUUGCUGUGACUUCAUGGAACUUGGGGACCAAAACUGGAAAGGAGAAAAAUUAUGAGUUGUGUGGCGAAUUAUUGAGACUGGCAUCUGAAUUUUAUGGUCUUCUGGCUGAUGGGCAAGCAGAAGAAAACAUGGUCUGCAAAUCAUUGAUACUGAGUGUAUCUGCAAUUAUAGCUUCAGAGAAUCAGAGAAAGACCACAUUGUCUGAAAGUGAAGUGAAACAAGCUCUAGAGCUUCUAGAUAGAGCAGGGAAGAUACUAAAGUCAAUCUUACCUGGGACUCAACUUAAUGGUGAUCAUCAACUCACCACCACUGAGCCUGAUCUUUACUUCAUCUACACCAUUUGUGCCUAUGAUAUCCAUGGAAGGCUCAAUGACUCAGGAUCACAACUAAAACUUGUCCAGAAAUUUACCAGUUCAAAGGCUUGCAACCCCAAGCACCUCCUUCAGAUUGGCAUCAGCGCUUCACAAGGCCCGCGAACCAAUCAUGAAGUAGCCACCUUUGCUCUAAACGAAUGCCUUUCAGCUUUCCUCUCUUCCUCAUCACCAGACUACCAAAAUGUGGCUCUCGUCGUUCGAAGGCUCAUUGGAGUAACGAGCAUUCACAAGGGGGAUACAGAUGAUGAGGCUGUUUACGGAAUGUACAAGCAAGCUUACAGAGUUAUGGUGGGACUAAAGGACGGCGAGUAUCCAACCGAAGAGGGAAAAUGGCUGGCGAUGACAGCAUGGAACAGAGCAUCACUGGCUGUGAGGCUUGGGCAGAUUGAUGUGGCCAGGAAAUGGAUGGAUGUGGGUUUGCAACUUGCUAAGCAUGUUCCUGGAAUGGAGACUUACAGGGCAUGCAUGGAGGAUUUUAUUAAUGACUUUGAAAAGAGAUUUUGUGCCCAAAUGAUGGUGAAAGAAAAAUAGACUCCGCUAGGAGUAUAAUAUAAUGCGUGCAGCUUGUAUAGAAGAUGGUAGACAUUAUUGUAAAGAAAAUUAUGGGUGCAUACAAACCUAAGACUAAAGAAAAAUUAUGGGUAAAGAAAAUUAUGUCCCUGCAGCUAAUCACAAUUAGACAAGCCUAAGACUAAUCACGA